AUGGAUGACAGCAGUCAUGUGCAAUCGAUCCGAGAGGGGUUUCGAAUCAACUGGAUGAACAUGCGUGAUGCCCUUACUGGACAAGUUAUGUGGGAAAGCGGCGAGUGGGAUUGCGGUUUGGACGAACUGGAGGCUCAAGUUCCUCGAGAAAUUCUGAGUUGCAGACAGGUGUCCCGCGAGCUCAACUUCUCCUCUGUGGAGGUUCUGACAAGCUUGAGAUUGGUGCAGUCGGUUAUUUUCAAGGGCGAACCGUUGGAGGAGUGGAACUUUCAUUUUGGUUUCGUGAUCCCAAACUCGACGAACACCUGGCAGCAAACCAUAGAGGCUGCAGAGGAGGAGGAGAUGCUCCCGGCAGAACUCCUGUCUGGAAACGUGAUUAUCGAAACGACAUUUCUGGAUGGUUGCCAUCUCAGCUUAAAAACUUUUCAGAUGCUGGAGAGCAUGCAGGAGAUUUAUGGUCUUUUCGUCACAGCUUCACCAGAAUCAGAAACCAGAAACGUCGAUAAAGACACGGAGAUGGAUGAGAAAGAAGUCUUAGCUGUUGCGUUGUGCGGAGCGGCCUCACACCACGGCUCGACCAGGUUACUCAACUCAUUGUCUGCUUUGCCCUGUUUGGAGGGCGUGCAGAAACAGCAUUUGGAAGUUACGGACCGCUUCCUGAUCGGCCAGUGGCUUCUGCGCAGGAUGGUAACUGAUGAGUCUGUUGCAGAGUUCAUAUCCUUGACUUCUGCAAGCGAUGACGCAAAAGGUUAUCUCGAGAUGGCCGGUGGAAACUUGCAGCAGGCCCUAGGCUUGUUCUUCGAGAUGGGCGGAGGAAGUUCGUCGCCCGCACUCGGGCCCUCUCCGUCUCCUGCAGCUCCCGCAGCUCCUGCUGCAAACCAACCGGUUAUCGAUGCUGACGUGGCUGCUGAAGUAGCAGCGGCCGCGGCUGCGGCUGGUAUAGAUACAGGCCCUUUGCAAGAUGCACACAUGGCCGGCGAGGAGGAAGUCCGAGCACCAAUGCCUGCGUACCAGGACCAGAUCAUAAAUCCUGAUCUUGAGCAUCGGAGGAUGCAGGAGCAGAUGGCCGCCGACUCCGCUGCAAUGUUUCGGCGGAUGUCGUUUGAUCGCGGUGGCGAUCCGGCAGGGGCUGGUUCCGGAACCGGUGAAGAGCAGGAGGAUGAGCAAAUGGGAGAGGGCAAGGCUAUCAACAAGCUUUUCGCGCCCCCGGAGUACAACGAAGGGAGCAGCUACUACGAAACAAUCGAGAAGGCCAAAGGUGAGGGCAAGUGGGUGCUGGUCAAUAUCCAGCAGGCAGAGGUGUUUGCCUCUCACACGCUGAACCGGGAUGUGUGGAGCGAUGACACUAUCAAAGACAUCAUCACGGGUUCCUUCCUGUUUUGGCAGCGGGAUGACAAAUCGGCUGAGGGUGACCAGUUCUGCCACUAUCACCAGUGCGGGCACCAGCUGCCGCACAUCUGCGUCAUUGACCCUCGCACGGGCAGACGUGUCAAGAACUGGGAUGGCCGCAAAUGGGUCGAAUCCCAUGCCGCAGCGGAGUAUUUGUUCGGGUUCUUGGACCAAUUCUCCAUGUCCAGGUCACCGCCAUCCAUGUCACCAACAGCAAGUCCUGUCAUGCAUCCGAAGGCAUCACCUCCCGAUCCUUCCCAGAUUCGGCUCCAUGGCUUGGAUGACAUGGAGGUGGAGGGAGUGGAAGCAAAGGAGGAGCCUGUGCCGGUGCUGCCAGAAGAGCCGGCUGAGGGUGUUGAGCAUCUCAAGGUCUCUCUUCGUCUACCUUCCGGUCAGCGAGUUGCUAGACGAUUCCGGCCCGACGAUACUCUAGAACAGAUGUUCGUGGUCGCAGCCGCUUUGACAGACAAGCCGACUGAAAAGGUGGACUUGGCAACACAGUUUCCCACGCGAUCGCUUCGAGAAAUCGAGGGCGGCCUCUCUAUAUCAAUAAAGGAAGCGAAGGUGGCCGGCAAUCUGUUGCUGGUGAACAUACGGUCCUGCCCAGCUCUGAGCUUGAACAGUGUACAGCAAGCCGCGGACGAGCAACAUGUCACACAAGCAUGUACAGAGGUCCGUGCCAGCUUGAAAGGGCUUCGAUCAGCGCUCUGA